CACCAACAAAAAAAGAGUCUUAACAGCGUUACGCUGAACACCACGAAGCCUCGUACAUUGUCAAGUCGCAUCGCAAUAUUCGCCCCCUAAUCCGAGCUCACCCAACGCCAUCAAUCUUUCCGCUGCGUUGGUCAAUCCUCCGCCUCCGCCUCCGCCCGCAUCCCCAUAUCUCCAUAAUCUAAGGGCCCAGCAGAGCUGUCCUACUCUCAUCGCAGCCAUGUCUCCCCCAGCCAUCAUCGCUCCCUCGAUCCUCUCUGCUGAUUUCGCAGAGCUGGGCAGGGCCUGUUCGCACACCAUUGGCCAGGGCGCUGACUGGCUUCAUGUCGACAUCAUGGAUGGUCACUUUGUGCCCAACAUGACCUUUGGCGCUCCAGUUGUGACCAAGAUCCGAUCUCAUGUCAAUCCACCCACAGAGGCAUAUGGAAAGGGUACUUUCGACUGCCAUAUGAUGAUUGCAGAGCCUAAACGAUGGGUUCAAGACUUCAAGAAAGCCGGCUGUGACCUCUACUGCUUCCACUACGAGGCCGCCGUAAACUCGACCGCCGCAGUUACUCCCUCGGGCACUUCUGACGAGAAGACUUCCCCAAAAGAGCUCAUUCGUUACAUCCAUGAGAGCGGUAUGCAGGCUGGCAUUGCUAUAAAACCAAGCACAUCAGUAGACGUCUUAUGGGAGAUUCUGGAGAACCCUGUGAAGGAAGAGGUCCCAGAUAUGGUCCUUAUCAUGACAGUAGAACCCGGCUUCGGUGGCCAAUCAUUCAUGGCAUCCGAACUACCCAAGGUCACCGCAUUGCGCAAGAAAUACCCUGAGUUGCACAUCGAGGUAGACGGUGGUCUGUCCGAAAAGACUAUUGACCAAGCAGCAGACGCCGGAGCCAACGUCAUUGUAGCUGGAAGCGCUGUCUUCGGCGCUGCAGACCCAGGAGAAGUCAUCCUGAAAUUGCGGGAGGCAGUGAAUGCACGUAGGGGGAAGCUCUAGACGUCUAAUAGUGUCUGCAAAAAUUGAUCAUCGAAGAAAUGAAACAAACAUUUAAAUGAGUUUAUAAUAGAUAGGAUAGACAAACGAUGCAUAGCGGUU